CGGCGGAUUCAAAGUUAAAACACGUCGCUCUCCCUUUCUCCACAACAGUUUGGUGUUUCUUGUCGUGUUUGUGCCGCCUCUCUCUGCGUUUCGGAUUCAACCGCCAAUAUGCAAGUUUUUAACACGUCUUCCUCUUUUCCAGAAUUUUCCACGUCCACGCUCCGCCUGCUUGCCCAUCCCGGGUGGAGAAGUAUAUUACAAGAAGGAUUUUUCUACCAGAAAAUUUUACCACGCCACAAGAAUGGACACAUCGUAUGGGACUUGCAUCCGUCCUUUUUGCAAGAAGAAAAUACAAUGUAGGUCAAAGUUGGGAGAACAUCUCCGAAUCCACACACAAGAAAAGCCUUUUGAGUGCUCAAUGUGUGAGAAGACGUUUGCUCGAAGUGGACAUCUGCGCACACAUCUUCGAACCCACACGGGAGAAAAGCCUUUCAAGUGCACAGUGUGUGAGAAGACUUUUGCUAAAAGCGGAGAUCUGCGAAGCCAUUUGCGAAUCCACACAAAAGAAAAGCCAUUUGAGUGCUCAAUGUGUGAGAAGACGUUUGCUCGAAGUGGACAUCUGCGCACACAUCUUCGAACCCACACGGGAGAAAAGCCUUUUGAGUGCUCAAUGUGUGAGAGGACGUUUGCUGAAAGUGGACAUCUGCGAACACAUCUUCGAACCCACACGGGAGAAAAGCCUUUCAAGUGCACAGUGUGUGAGAAGACGUUUGCUCAAAGUGGACAUCUGCGGACACACAUUCGAACCCACACCGGAGAAAAGCCUUUCAAGUGCAUAUUGUGUGAGAGGACGUUUGCUGAAAGUGGAACUUUGCAUGUACAUCUUCGAACCCACACGGGAGAAAGGCCUUUUGAGUGCUCAAUGUGUGAGAGGACGUUUGCUGAAAGUGGACAUCUGCGAACACAUCUUCGAACCCACACGGGAGAAAAGCCUUUCAA